GCACUUCCGCCCGAGUGCGGCCUGUGCGUGCGGGCGACGCCAAGAUGGCCGCCGGGGCCUGGGAGCGCUGAGGGAGAGCCGAGGAAGGGAAGGCGGCGAGGCGGAAGGCGCGGGGGAGACGCCAUGGAUCCCGCACCGGCUUCCGCCGCAGCAGCCGCCUCGCCUUCCCCCGUGGGGCCCGAGCGCCUCUUCGACUCGCACCGCCUCCCGGGCGACGGCCUGCUGGCGGUGGCGCUGCUGCUCUACGCGCCGGUGGGCCUCUGCCUGCUCCUGCUGCGCCUCUUCGUCGGCCUCCACGUCUUCCUCGUCAGCUGCGCGCUCCCGGACAGCGCCCCUAGGAGGUUCGUGGUGCGGGCGAUGUGCGCUGUGCUGGGCCUCCUAGUGCGCCAGAGCAGCCCCCGUCGUCCUCCCUCUCGCCUCCGCCUCCUGGUUGCCAACCACAUCACCCCUUUCGACCACAACGUCCUCAGCCUCCUCCUCUCCUGUGGUGCUCCUGUCCUGAAUGGUGCUUCUGGCUUCCUGUGCUGGUCCCGGGGCUUCCUGGAAGUGGGGCCCACAGACAGCCGGUCGGAGCUGCUGGAGUCACUCAAGGCCUACUCCUCCCAGGGGGGGAACCCUCCGCUGCUGCUCUUUCCCGAAGAGACAACCACCAAUGGCCGUGUCGGGCUCCUGCGCUUCAGCACAUGGCCCUUCUCCAUCUCAGAUACUGUCCAGCCAGUGGCACUGCAAGUCCAGAGACCAUUUGUUUCUGUGCUGCUCCCUUGGAGACUUUUCACAGACCUCUCUCUUUCCACAUCUCUCCCAAUGCACCCCCUCCAAAUCCCCCCGAAGAGUGUAGCUGAUGCAUCUUGGGUGACUGAGUUGCUUUGGACGUUCUUUGUUCCCUUCACUGUUUAUCAAGUAAGGUGGCUCCCAUCAGUCUGCAGACAAGCUGAAGAGACACGUGAGGAGUUUGCAUUGCGAGUUCAGGAGCUUCUGGCCUCGGAGCUGGGCCUUGUCUCUACUCGACUCACUGCGGCUGACAAAGCGGAGUACCUGAAGCGACUGCGCCACAGCCCCCGCAACUCCUACAGUUCCCCAGCCCCAAACCAGCCUGCAGUGGCCCGUUCCCGAGCGCCUCCCAUCGUGGCCUCUGCAGAGGAUGUGCAUUUGAUGGAAUUGGCCCAGCGCGUCAAGGAGGUCCUGCCCCACGUGCCCCUGGCCGUCAUCUGCAAGGACUUGGCCCAGACGAACUGCGUGGACGCCACCAUCGCCAACCUCCUGGAGGGGCGGGUUCCCUUCACACCCAGCGAGGAGGGAGAGGCGGCGACGGCAGAGGCCUCCCUCCUGGCUCCCUCUGGCUCCGGUGCCCACAGCCCGCCCGCCUCUCCCCCAGUCACGCCGUCCGCCGCAGUCUUUGCCAGGUCCCCGGAGGCACGGCACCUCUCCCUGCAGGAGCGCAAGCGGGUCCUCUAUGACUACGCCAGGAGGAGAUUCACGGAAAGACACGGGACGAUGGCACAGAGAGAGGGCAGCCGCUGACUGUCCCCUCGGUCACCUGGACUUUUGAGUCGGCCAGCGACGACGGAUCUUUCUUUGCCACGAGGAAAGUGGACAGCUGUCCCUAGCCGAUGGAACUGCUUCUGUCUGGGCUGCUCUUGUGGUCGUGCAGUGGUCCCUGAGCCGCCCUGGAGCAGAGCGAACCCUGCCUGGCUCUUCGGGGCAAGGAGCGCAGGGGCCUGGCCUGGCUGCCCCUCUCCUGGUCCAAGCCAUUUUGUCCGGGGUGCGGCCAGGACAGCCGGUGGGCCUCCCUCCCUGUGGGGCAGCCAGGAAGCUUGCGAAGGGAGAGGGAGGGGGAGCUUUCACUGUCAAAAUAAACCUUCCUUUGAUUCUCA